GUUUCCUCCCGCCUGUGUCUUGUCUUCUCUGGUCUUUCAUUCUUUCAUCUCAUAAACGGCACCAUUAAUUUUUCUCGAAAAGAAAUCGUAGAAUGUCUGACGACAAGUUUCUCGCCGCUUCGGCAAAGCACCCUAUUGUGCCUAACCAUGUCUACAAAUAUGGCACUGCGGGGUUCCGUAUGAAGGCCGAUCUUCUUGAUGGUGUUUCGUUCCGUGUCGGUCUCCUGUCUGGUCUUCGAAGCCGUAAGCUCAAUGGCCAGGCCAUUGGUGUCAUGAUCACUGCUAGCCACAACCCAGCUGUCGACAAUGGUGUCAAGAUCGUUGACCCCAUGGGCGAGAUGCUUGAACAGGAGUGGGAGACUUAUGCUACCAAGCUCGUUAAUUCUCCUUCUGAUCAGGAGCUUCUCGACAACUACAAGGCUCUGGCUUCUCAGCUUAAGAUUGAUCUCUCCUCUCCUGGCCGCGUCAUCUAUGGCCGUGACACUCGUCCUUCAGGCCACUCCCUCGUUGCUGCCCUCGCCGAUGCUUUCGAGGCUACCAACACAGAAUACACCGACUACAAGAUCCUCACCACCCCCCAGCUUCACUACCUGACCCGAUGCGUCAACACCGAGGGCACCCCUAAGGCCUAUGGCAAGGUUAGCGAGCAGGGUUACUACGAGAAAAUGUCCGAGGCUUUUACUCGCGCUCUUCGAGGCCGCAAGCCCCAGGGACAGCUUAUCGUGGAUUGCGCCAACGGUGUUGGAGGUCCCAAGCUCUCUGAGUUCCUCAAGGUCUUGCCUCAAGGUACCAUCGACAUCAAGGUUGUUAACGAUGACGUCCUCCGGCCCGAGGUUCUGAACCUCGAUUCUGGAGCGGACUUCGUCAAGACGAAGCAGCGAGCCCCUCCCAGCCCGAAGCCCGUCCCCGGCGCCCGAUGCUGCUCUCUCGAUGGUGAUGCCGAUCGUCUGAUUUACUACUGGGUCGAUCCUGAGACAGGCUUCUUCAUGCUCGAUGGCGAUCGUAUUUCUUCUCUCAAUGCCUCUUUCAUUGGUGACCUCGUUCGAUCUGCCGGCCUUGCUGAUGACCUCCGUAUUGGCGUUGUUCAGACCGCCUAUGCCAACGGUGCCAGCACGAACUAUAUUGAGAAGCACCUUCAGCUUCCCGUCGUCUUCACUCCUACUGGUGUGAAGCAUUUGCACCACGCUGCUUGUCAGUUCGACGUUGGUGUUUACUUCGAGGCUAAUGGUCACGGUACUGUUGUCUUCUCUCAGGAGGCCAUCCGUGCUUUCCGUGAGACCGAGCCUCAGUCUCCUGCCCAGAAGGAUGCUCUCGACACCCUCGCUGCCGUCAGCGAUCUCAUCAACCAGACUGUUGGCGAUGCUAUUUCCGAUAUGCUCAUGGUUGAAGUCAUUCUUGCCCACAAGGGCUGGACUCUCAAAGAUUGGGCCAUGACCUACAAUGACCUCCCUAACCGUCUUGUUCGCGUUGAAGUUGGCAACAAGGACCUGUUCCAGACCACGGAUGCUGAGCGGCGCCUCAGCCACCCUGUGGGUGCUCAGGAUGAGAUCGACCAGUGUGUUAAGAAGUACACUAGUGCCCGAUCCUUUGCUAGAGCCAGUGGUACUGAGAACGCGUGCCGUGUCUAUGCUGAGGCUGCUACUCGCUCCGAGGCUGAUGAACUCGCUAACAAGGUCGCUCAAAUCGUGAAGCAGUUUGGUUCUUAAGUAUACCCUGGUUAGGUGAAAAUGGAAUCGCAUAAAAUAACUCGGGGAUAAAAGGAGAAACGUACCCAACAUAGUAUGUGUGGGGAAGUGGAUGUCUACAAAGAAGGAAGGAAAAGAAACAAGAAAGGUUUCCCAAAAAUGGGUUAUCAAGCCCAGGUCAGGAUUAGCCAAAGGACAAGAAGCGGGAUGCUCAGUCCAAUUUAACGAUGAAUGAAAUCUCAUUACUUUAUCGGUCAAUAGAUGGUCUUGCUAUUGCAGUUUCACAUAGUCAAUGAGAUCACACAGGGUCAGGACGAAAGACUAGAUAU